GGACGACCCUCUAGUCCUGGGGGACCUUGGAUUCCUGCAUAACCUUUGUCUCCCUGUGUGAAAAGACACUAGCAAUCAGCGGCAGUCACUCAGUUUGGUUGUUGCUGAUACUGAGGCCGGAGAUCAGUUUGAAUCUUUCCCUUUGAAUGCAAAAAGAAAACUUUUCAUGAAGAUAACCUCAGCCUCCAAAUUUGGGGGGCAGCACUGAUUCCAACACCCACCUGUGAAGCAGACAGAUCACAUGAGAGAUGAGAUCCUCAUUUAGUGUCAUAAGUUUGUCCCCCCUCAUGUGGAUCCUUGUGCUGACCAUCUUUGUGCAGCAGGUCAAAGCAGGGCAAACUGAGGGGCCAUGUCAAGGUAGAAACUGCUCCGUAUGCCAGUGUCUUCCUGCCAAAGGUGCACGGGGGGCUCCAGGGAAGCCAGGUGUACAAGGCUCCAAUGGACCAAUGGGCCCAUGGGGACAUAAAGGGCCACCAGGAGAAAAAGGCAGGAGGGGAUCAGAGGGAUUACAAGGCUCAGAUGGACUUAAAGGAGACCGUGGCGAGAUUGGUGCUCCUGGUUUCCCUGGUAAUGAUGGCUCGUUAGGUCAUCCUGGAGCAGGUGGGGAGCCUGGUGUGCCAGGACUGGAUGGCUGUAAUGGGACACGGGGUCAAAAUGGAGUCCCUGGCUUUCCUGGUUUGGACGGCUUUCAUGGGUCACCGGGAUUACCUGGUUCUAAAGGAAUUAAAGGAGAACCUAUAUAUGGCACUGUCUCUCCAGGACUUCCUGGGGAGCGCGGCAGACAUGGAGACCCUGGUUUACCUGGAGGAAAAGGACACAUUGGACCUAAAGGGAGUGUUGGACUCCCUGGCCAUCCUGGACCAAAGGGCUUGAAAGGACCUAGAGGUGUUAGAGGACCAUCAGGCAACCCUGGAGGAUCACAAGCAGGUGAUAAAGGUGACGAUGGUGAACAAGGCCCACCUGGCCUUCCAGGACCAGAAGAAGUCAUCGAAUUUCCUCCAGACUUUCUUCCACUCAAAGGCUACAAGGGAGACAAAGGUCUGCCCGGACCAUGCGGCCCAAAAGGCGAAACCAGGGAUAUAGAGGACUAUAGCAGACAAGGAAUUAAGGGAGAGCAAGGAAUCAUUGGAUUUCCUGGACUUAGGGGUCUUCCAGGAAGGUCUGGUAGGGAAGGACAACCAGGACCUGAGGGUGUUCGUGGAGAGCAAGGGCUUCCAGGUCUCAUUGGAAGAACUGGACCAAAGGGUUACCCAGGAGACCCAGGUGUCCCCGGUCCCCUACUCUUCCAAAAUGGGAGCGAUGCCAGAGGUGCUAAAGGUGAGCGGGGGUAUCCAGGAACAUCUGGACUGCCAGGUGACCAUGGAUAUCAGGGUCUGCCAGGACCACCUGGCCCACCAGGGUUAACAGUACCAGAAGAGCCAGGUCUCCCUGGUCCACGAGGGCGCCUCGGUCCAAAGGGCUACAAAGGAGAACCAGGAAGAUUCAAUUUUGAAAUCAAACCAUUGACAGGACCAAUGGGACCUAAAGGACUUCCUGGUCCUAAAGGUGUCAGAGGCCUCCCUGGUCGUCCAGGAUGCGGAGAUUAUUACUGUGAGCCUGGUGACCCAGGUGAACCUGGUGACCCAGGAUCCAUAGGGACUCUUGGAAACCCAGGGCCCAAAGGAAUUAAAGGGUGCCCUGGGGAUUGUGAAUGUAGGGUUGAUGGGGGAAACAUAGGGCUACCUGGUCCACCAGGUUAUCCAGGACCUCCAGGGUUACCUGGAUCUCAAGGACUUAAAGGUGACCCUGGAUUGAGAGGAGCUGAGGGUUCACAAGGACCACAAGGCUUUCAAGGAAAUGCUGGUUUAAAAGGACUGAAGGGUCAGAAAGGUGACUCUUUUGCGGUUGGUGGUAAAGGUGCCAAGGGUGACCAAGGUGUGCCUGGGUAUGCUGGUCCCACUGGGGCAACAGGUUCACCAGGACAGGAUGGACACCGUGGCCCUACAGGGGACCCUGGACCACCAGGUGCUGGAUAUGUAGCACUACCUGGCCCUAAAGGUUACCCUGGCUUUCCUGGACCCAAAGGAAUUCCAGGAACUGUAGGUCCCCCAGGGCCUGGUUUUCCAGGCAUUUCAGAGCCACCAGGACCUAAAGGAAAUCAGGGACCUACUGGACUGCCAGGAUUUCCUGGGCGUACAGGUUCUCCAGGUGAAAUUGAAGUAUGCUGCCAUGAAGAUGAGAUUGGAUCACCUGGUGCCAAGGGUGAGCCAGGUUCUUCAGGGAUUCCAGGUAUGCCAGGAAGAGAUGGUUUCCCCGGUGUUCCAGGACCCCCAGGUCACAAAGGCAUGAAAGGAAAUGAUGGUGAUUCUGUAAGAAAUGGUCCGCCAGGAAUUCCAGGUUUAAAUGGGGAUUCAGGUGAUCCUGGUCCAAGUGGGAUUAGUCUGGAAGGCCCCCCAGGCCCUCCUGGUUUACCAGGACUUCCUGGCAGAAAGGGUCCCACAGGAGAUGUUUUCUCUGCCAGUCCAGGUGCUACUGGCCCACCAGGCCCACCUGGAGAGACGGGUAAAAGGGGACCACGUGGCUUUCCUGGAAAUUCUGGGUCUUCAGGCAUACAAGGCUAUCCUGGACUGCCAGGUCAUAAAGGAAAACCUGGAGUCAAUGGUGACCCCGGUGCUACUGGUCUCCCAGGCCCACCUUGUACUGUUUGUGACUUGUAUGGAACCAUAGGCCCUCCAGGCCCUCCAGGGAACCCUGGAAAGACAGGAGUACCAGGUUAUCCUGGUCAGAAGGGUUUAAAAGGAGAUAUUGGUCCACCUGGUCAUGGACCAAAGGGUGUGAAAGGAUUUCCUGGCCUUCCUGGUGUAGCAGGAGCUCCAGGACCAAGUGGCAACACUGGCCCUUUAGGAGAUUCUGGGAAAGAUGGUUUCCCAGGUCUAAAAGGUGAAACUGGCUACCCUGGAAGGGCUGGGGCAAGAGGUUUACCAGGUCGCCCUGGACCUCCAGGACCCAGAGGUAUACAGGGAGAGAGUGGUUUUAAUGGUCGAGUAGGUGACCCAGGAGACCCAGGAUGGCCUGGUAAUAAAGGUUUACGUGGUCUACCAGGAUUAUUAGGCCCAUCGAUGGUUGUGACAGUGACUAAAGGCCCAGCAGGACUACCAGGAAGGAGGGGGCAGCCAGGCCAACAAGGAUUAGCAGGCUUAAAGGGUGUAAGAGGAAUACCAGGUGACGUGGGGCCUGAUGGAUGGCCUGGUCCUCCGGGGUUUAAGGGCAGUGUUGGUACCCCAGGUGGUGCAGGAAUCCCAGGGCUUCCUGGUCACCCUGGAAUCAAAGGUUUCCCUGGUCCAAGAGGAUAUCCUGGACAGGCUGGAGAUCCGGGAGAUCCAGGACUUAUGGGCCAUAGGGGGGUACCAGGGCUACCAGGAUUCCCUGGUACUAAGGGUGAUCCGGGAAUGUCAAACCAACUGCCUGGUCCACCUGGACCCAAAGGAUUGCCUGGGGAGAAUGGGUCAUGUGCUUCAAGAGGGCGACCAGGAGACCCAGGUGACCCAGGAUCCAGGGGAAGACCGGGACCACCUGGACAAGCAGGCAUUCCAGGGGAACCAGGAAGAAGAGGAGGAUCAGGCUUCCCUGGGCCUCGUGGCCUAUGGGGUAGUCCAGGUUUGCCAGGUAUUCCAGGUGAUCAUGGAGGUCUGGGACCACCGGGUCCACCAGGCCCAUAUGGAUCCCCAGGGCUUCCUGGGCCACCAGGUCUGAAUGGAUUGGAUGGACUUAGGGGUCCAAAAGGGAUGAAGGGAUCAAAUGGCAUAGAUAUACCUGGACCUCAGGGACCAGAUGGAUAUCCUGGAGUCAAAGGCCUGAGGGGCCACCCAGGACCUCCAGGAGUUACAUACCCUGGGUCUAAAGGCCUGCAGGGCGCACCUGGUGACCCAGGUCCUCCAGGCUUCCCAGGAGAACCUGGUUUCCCUGGCAUAGAAUGUGUCACACCUUCACCAGGACCCCAUGGAGACAUAGGAUAUGAAGGACCUUCAGGACUUCCAGGUGAUCCCGGGGAACCAGGCCCCCCAGGUGUUGGCAUUUCCUACAAAGGUGACCCAGGACCAACUGGCCUCCCUGGGUCAGAAGGUCGCAAGGGUGAGAGGGGCUUCCGAGGGACUCCUGGAUUUCAGGGCGAACCUGGCUUUAUGGGUCCAAAAGGUGAGAGAGGUGCCACUGGUCACAUGGGUGCUCCAGGACCCAGAGGUCAGCAAGGUCUCCCUGGGCCCAGGGGCUCAAAGGGAGUAACUGGCCCGCCUGGAAAUAGGGGUCUUAAAGGUGCUCGUGGUGAUUCUGUCAAUGGACAGCAAGAGAAGGCUCCCCCCGGGCCUCCAGGUCCAUUUGGUUCCACAGGAUCUAAGGGAUUUCCUGGUGAUGUGGGUCCUCCUGGGAGCCCAGGGUAUAAAGGACAAAAGGGGUCCAUAGGGUCUCUGGGUCUCCCUGGUCCACCAGGUCCUCCUGGCCCAGAAGGUCCUGUUGGAGACCCAGGGGAACAUGGUCAGCAAGGAUUUGUUGGGGCUCAAGGUUCUCCCGGUCUACCUGGCAAUCCAGGCGAGCCAGGUCAAAGGGGGACAGCCAGCUCAGGCUUUCUUUUGGUUAUCCACAGCCAGUCGGUUCAGGUACCUCACUGCCCUCAAGGCAGCAGUGAGCUCUGGGUGGGCUACAGCCUGGUGUACCUGGAGGGACAGGAGAAGGCUCACACACAGGACCUGGGCCAGGCUGGCUCCUGCCUCCCUGUUUUCUCCACCAUGCCUUUCUCUUACUGCAACAAAGCUGCCUGUCACUACUCCAGUCGCAACGACAAAUCCUACUGGCUCUCCACCACUGCUCCCAUACCCAUGAUGCCACUGCUUGGUGAGGAAAUCAGAGCUCACAUCAGCCGGUGUGUUGUGUGCGAGACAGUUUCACCUGCAGUGGCUUUCCACAGCCAGGAUCACACGUUUCCCACGUGCCCACCUGGCUGGAGGAGUCUGUGGACGGGAUAUUCCUUCCUCCUGCACACAGGUGCGGGUGAUGAAGGCGGUGGCCAGUCUUUGACCUCCUCUGGCAGCUGCCUUAAAGAUUUCAGAACUCACCCCUUCAUAGAGUGCCAGGGUGUGCGCGGCUCCUGUCACUACUUUGCCAACCUCUACAGCUUUUGGCUGACUGCUGUGAGUCAGGCAGAGCAGUUUAUCACCCCGAGACCCGGCAUCAUCAAAGCCGCCGACAAACAGCGCGGAAAAAGCAGCCACUGUCAUGUCUGCCUCAGAGGGAAAUAACUAUCCUUUGCAGUAUGUUACAGGUCACAUGACAAAAAAAUAGUUUUACAAUGUAAACACUGUUCAAUUUUACCUAAACAGCGUGCUUUUAUAAUGGUGUCACUGUAUCUUUUUCUUAUUAUUUUAAUGAGGUGCUUUUUAUUAUUAUAAAUGUUUUAAUAAUUGAUAAUGUUGUUCCCAAAUGUUUGCCAGAUAAAUGUUACAAUCUUGUCCAAAUUAUACUUUAGGGGUAAAGUUUCACAUUCAAAAUUCAAUAGUUGUGACACUGGUAGAAGAAGGUAGAAGAAAAUGAACAAUUUCAGCAGGACACAGUUUGCCUUAGUGGGUUUCAAGUCCAUAUUUAUUUAUUUCUCUCAACAGAACCCAAGUGACAAUCAGAAUACAGUACUUUUUUUUUCCUCAAACA